AUGGAUGGCGAAGAUAGGACCGAUUUUCGAUUAAAGAUUGACGAUAAAUGGUUAUUAAUAACAAAAGAUUUUCAAAAAAGGCAUCCAGGUGGAAGCGUCAUCACUCAUUAUAGGAAUGCUGAUGCUACACAAGUAUUUCAUGCUUUUCAUAACGGAAGCAAAAGUGCUUAUAAGCAACUGGAACUGCUUAAGAAACAGAAUUGUAUCGAUAUGAUGAAUAGGCUUAAUAUCAUCAACGAUGACAAUUGCAUCGAUGAAAUAAAUGUAUCACCUUAUAAUCUUCCAGAAACAAAGGAAAAGCAAAUAGUGGAAAAUUUUGUUGCUUUGCGAGAAGAACUCAUAGCUGAAGGAUUAUUCGAAGUGAAUCCAACUUACUACAUCUAUAAGUCUGCUGAAGCAUUUAGCUUAUUGUUUUUCGCCUUCAUCUUACAAUAUUUUACAUGGUAUCUGACGUCAGCGUUAAUUUUGGCACUUUGUUGGCAACAAUUUGGUUGGUUAACCCAUGAUUUCUGCCAUCAACAACCAAGCAACAAUCGUUAUAACAACAAUUUAUUAUCUUUAAUUUUUGGUAAUAUUGUGCAAGGUUUUUCGCGUGAUUGGUGGAAGGAAAAGCACAAUACCCAUCAUGCUGCAACGAACAUUGUUGGACAGGACUGUGAUAUCGAUUUAGCUCCUUUGUUAGCAUUUGUCUUAGAUGAUUUGAAAAAGUACAAAACUUUGUUCGAACAAGUCAUCUCUAAGGUGAUCCCUUAUCAACAUUUCUAUUUCACGCUUAUGUUACCUUUCUUACGAUUCUCCUGGACAGCGCAAUCCAUAUUGUUUGUUAUUGGAGCAUCAUACAGCCAGUACAAGCAACAUGUCAUCGAUGCUCCUGCUGAACAGGUUUGCAUCUUACUGCAUUGGUCAUGGGUUAUCUUGCAACUCUGGCUUCUUCCUACAGGAUCAAUAAGAAUUCUUUAUUUUGCAAUUAGUCAGUUAGGCGCAGGAUUUCUUAUCGCUCAUGUCGUUACUUACAGUCACAAUUCCGUUACUAAAUUCCCUUAUCAAAGUCGUUUGUUGAAUAAUUUCCCGUGUCUCCAUAUACUGACAACUCGAAAUAUGUUACCCUCUGCGGUUGUUGAUUGGUUUUGGGGUGGCCUCAAUUAUCAGAUUGAGCACCACUUGUUCCCUACAAUACCCCGUGCGAAUUUACCGCAAGUUUCAAUAAAGGUCAGAAAAUAUUGUGAAAUGAACGAUCUCCCAUAUUUAGUGGAUAGCUACUGGACAGGAUACAAAUUAAUUCUGCAUCAGCUCAGAAGUAUUGCUGAUUCGGUAAGCAAGAUUACAUGCCCCUAUAGUGAUAAUUUAUGUGAUGAUUAA